UCAUGAUGAAAAAUAAGCAUAUUUCUAAUGAUAGUGAAACUGCCGAUGUAAGUGCAAUCCUGCCUCCAGACAAAAAGAGAAAGGGAAGAGGAAAGACAACAGGGCUUUCAACCCAAAAGAAACGUAAGGAAAAUGACAAUGGAAAGUUGAAGGUGAUUAUCCCACCAGAUCGAACAGUUGCAGUAGGUCCUGGAGCUAAAGAUUUUACUACCGAGCUCUCAGUGAAAGUUCUCCAUAAUGCUAGACAUGAUGUCAAGAAUUGGAAGGGAGUUCCUGAUCUAGCAAAGAAUAGGAUUGUUGCUUAUAUGCUGGUAAUGUACUUUUCUCUUUGUCUUUUUUUGGCUGAGAUAGUAAAUG